CAAAUCUCUAGCGACAGUCUAAUAAGUGAGUCAAAUCUCAGGCGGCAGUCUAAUAUGUGAGACAAGUUUCAGCGACGGUCUAAUAAGUAACACAAGUUUCAGCGAUAGUUUAAUGAGUGAGACAAGUUUCAGCGAUAGUUUAAUGAGUGAGACAAGUUUCAGCGACAGUUGAAUAAGUGAGUCAAGUUUCAAGCGACAAUUUAAAGUGUUUUGUGUUUAUGAUAAGCCACUGUUAUUUCGCCAAUGAUAUGUCGUGAUCAGAUUACAUGAAAGAAUGUGUAUGCAGUACCUUUUCAUAACAAAGAAAUAAAAGAUGAAGAAUGUUAUUUUCAUGAUAGUGUUAGCUUAUUUCUUUGCUGCUUUUUGUAGUGAAAAACAAGGCGGUCGUUAUAGGAGACUGAAAGGUUGGCAAAAAAGUAUUUUGGCGGGUAACGGUAAAGACAGAAAAGUUCCCAUUAUUCAAUACUGGAUUAAUGAUUGCUGUGGAGCGUAUUGCCGGCGCAAAUGUGCUCGGCUGACGUUGCAGAUGUGCUACGUCGCUAGAGGUGAAUCAACUGGCAAAGUGAUCGGUCAUAUGGUCAUUCCAGGACCGCGAGAUUUGAUAAAAAUGAAUUUCAACACCUCUGACAGUUAAACCGGCGGCCGAUGACACAAAAAACAACUAACAGGAGCAAGUAGAAGGCAUUGAGUCUUAUCGCCAAGCCCCUAGUUGUAGAGUAUUAUAUACUAAUAAAUGUUAUUUUACAUUCAUGUUAUUAUUUUAAAGGGCAUUAAAAUGUAUGUUUAUAUAAAUAAGUUGUCCUAAGUUAUUACUAUUUCCUACGCACUCUUACAUACAAAAACCAAUGUUUUGAUUCUUACAAAAAAUAUUUGCUUACGUUAAUAUUACUGUUACGAAUGUCAUAGAAAAUUAAUGAGUAAUUUUUAAACAGCGAACAAGAGUACAAACUAUACUUUUUUAUUUCAUUUUUUGAAUGAAGUAAACAUAAAAGAAUGCCACUUUGACAUUCGAUGUUAUUAUAACUUCUUCGUAAUCUUGUAAUACUUUUAAUUUUAAAUUUUUUGACAGUGUAUGUAAAAUUGGGGGCGGGCCAUGUUAUAAAAAAAAAAAAUAGAAAUUUUGUUAAAAUCUCUUUUUUAAUCAUAAAUCGCAGUUGAUCGAUUAAAAAUGUUUAUUUGCCCAUCUUACUAUGCUACGCUUUGGAUAAACAGCCUCGUAUUUUAUAAGGGUUGGCAUUUUAUUGUAAUUAUCUUUUCUGUAUCCACUGCAUCAUCCACGCUGUGAGCGACAAACAAUGUCUCUUUCCCUGAGAUUCGUUGUACGACUCAAAUAUUUUCUCAGUAUAUUGUUACCUACGGAUAUAAUUCUCGCGAGAAAUGUAACUAAUUUCGGUUUCUGUCAAUUUGCAAAAUUUGUUUCAACUACAAUUGGGAAAUUAUUUAUCGCGAAAAAAUGUAUUUUCUUUACAAGAAAGGGAUUACAAUUUUUUUAAUUCUGAUUU